GAUGAAAUACAGCUAGCCUAUACUGGCCGUAACUGCGAUCAUUCUGUUGCCUUUUCCCUCCUCGGAGUCUAUUGUCUGCGGUGCAGACGUGACAGACAGGCUGCGAGCGAGUGCCAUGUGCUGCAUGGCGAGACGUGACAGCCGGAUUGCACUCGUUUGUUCUGCGCUUAUUUACAGCCGAAUUGACCAGCGGAGCGAGGCGAGAAUAACGCAGAAUGUUCCACCCGUCCUCCCUCGACUUGAACUCGUCGUCCACGCGCGGGUUUAGCCACUCUUUGUUGGGAAGUUUGGAAGCGGUGCGGGAGUGGGCCACUUUUCCGUUGAAGUUUGGUCGAAAAGUUGUUCCGAUUUUUCUCCGUUAACAAUGAGUUCGAAAUAUCGCUUGAAUGGGUGUAUAACACUCAGCGCUUGCGGCUUUUCUUUGUUAAAAAGUGUCACGGGGCCACUAGAAGUCGUGUUUUGGCGGGGGGGCUGACCUCAUUGUUGAAGUUUGUUCACCGCGUGUUCUCCACGCACACACAAAAGAACACAAGUUUUAAGUUGCCUAACGUACACGAGCCAAGUGUCAAAUUGUGUUUUAACGUGUUUUCUGGCUACUAUGGGAUUAGGCUUUUGCCUCGGAGAAGCGCGGGAGAAAGGCGUUUGUUAGUUUUGCUGCAAAGCGUAUACAAAGAAAGGCGAGCAGCCCCAGAUUCUUUUGUUUAGUCUGGAGACGCUGAUUUGCAACAGGUCUUCCUCCCUCUCCCCCCCCUCUCUCUCUCCCUCUCUCUCUCUCUCUCUCCCUCUCUCUUCCUCUUCCUCCUCCUCCUCCACUCGCACCACCAACAUCUCCCCAGCCCACGUAAUUACCUCAUCCUGUUGGCUGCUCCACACUUUUCCCACUCGAGUUCGGGCCCCACGGCUGUCCGCGUGGUGAAGCUUUAUGGAGGUUAGCUGUGUGUCGGGCGGACCCCUUCACCUCGCUCUCGUUCCCGUAAAACCUCCGCAUUAAGGUUUGAUGAUGCUGUCCGGAAGCGAAACGGAUGACGACGACGGCGUGGAUGCACCGCUGGACUUGUCAUCCGGCGGCGGCGGCGGCGGGAAAAGGAAGCGCCGCGGCAACCUGCCCAAGGAGUCGGUGCAGAUCCUCCGGGACUGGUUGUACGAGCACCGCUACAACGCGUACCCCUCGGAGCAGGAGAAGGCUCUCCUCUCCAAGCAGACGCAGCUUUCCACACUGCAGGUAUGCAACUGGUUCAUCAACGCACGCCGGCGCCUCCUCCCCGAGAUGUUGCGGAAAGACGGCAAGGACCCCAACCAGUUCACCAUCUCCAGGAAGUGCGGCAAGGCGGGCGACAGUUUCUCUGACAGCUCCCAGUCGCCCAAACACAGUGGUGGUGGCGGCGGCGGCGGCGGCAGCAGCGGCAGCUGCAGCCCGGCCGGAGGACACCACGAUGACGGCGGCUACGACAAACGGGUUCUGCACCCUUCCUGCUUCGAGCCGGGCAUCCUGAGGAAGGUGGUGCCGCCCUCGGCUCCCUCGCCCACCUGUUGGUCGCCCUCGACGGGCGCCGCGCCCACCCGGCCGUCCGUCAUCUGUCACACCACUGUCGCCAGCCCGAGCGGGCCGCACCCGUCGCCGCUGAACUCUGACAAGGGGGCCGAGCGGCUGCAGGCGGCCCAGGCGCUCCUCAGGUGUCUGGAUAGGGGGGCGGGCACCCGCCUCCCCGCCGCCAGCACCGUCCUGGAGGGAAACCUGAGCCCCCGCAGCGGGCUCUUCAACACCCCUCCCCCGACCCCGCCGGACCUCACGCAGGACUUCAGUGGCUUCCAGCUCCUGGUGGACGUGGCCCUGAAGCGGGCCGCCGAGAUGGAGCUGCAGGCCAAACAGUUAGUCUCCUAAAAGGGGGACCACCAAGUUCACAGACUGAGAGCAAGCUCAUGGUUUCUAUCUUUUCUAAACCAAUCAAAAUUGUUUUGUUUUGAAUGACAAAAACAACAACAACACAGUAUCACGGUGCCUUGGCUCAAAGAUGUUUAUCCAUUUCAUAUUUGUAUCCACUUGUAUCUUAUUUGCACCCCGGGGACCAAAACUACAGGACCAAUGCUACCCACCCGUCUUACGUCUUUUCAUCCAAACGCAUUUCAGGUCCUGACGGAUGUCAAUGUCUUAACACUUUGUUUGGUUUGGUUUUGCUCUCGGCCUCAACGUAUUCACUACUGUAGUUCAUGUUACACUAUAGUUUGUCAUUUAGCUGUUUUUACCUCCUUAUUGCCCGCACAAGGGACAUACGUAUUCCAGAUGAAAAAUGUAGCAGCAGGUGAGGCCAGUGGACUGGACGACGACGACGACACUACAUGGUGUUUUUUGUUGUUGUUGUUUUUUUACGAUGGCCAAAAACAAGCAGAAUCAUGUACAAUAGGACCAUGUGUAUAGUUAUUGUGACGACAUGACGCCCCUCUGAUGUGAUUUCUUUCCAUUCUGUGCAAUGUUUGUGGCGAGCAAGAGGUCACACGGGACUUUAAUAAAGUUUUGGAUUUUUUUUUUCUACA